UGAAGUCAUUUCAGCUCACCCUCUUUUCAACCGGCACUUCUCUAGAGGAGGAUUCAGCCACACAUAAAACACACACACACUUUUGGAAGCACGCACAGUCGCACUUAUAAACAUACCCCUCCAGCACCUCCAGGACUUCAAGAGGAAAGAGUCUUUGUUUUAAUCCUUUCAGACAGCCCAGAGAGCCGUGGUAUCCUGACAUCAAGAUGGCACAACAGACAACAGGCAUGGCCAACAAGGGUCCAUCCUACGGCCUGAGCCGUGAGGUCCAGGGGAAGAUCGACAGGAAGUAUGACCCUGAGCUGGAGGAGCGUCUGGUGCAGUGGGUCGUGGCCCAGUGUGGGGCCAGCAAGCCUGAGGCCGGUAAAGUGGGCUUCCAGGCUUGGCUCAAGGACGGAUGUGUUCUGGGUGAGCUCAUUAACAGCCUUUAUAGCUCCGACAAACCCAUUAAGAAGAUCCAGCACUCAGACAUGGCCUUCAAACAGAUGGAGCAGAUCUCACAGUUCCUGAAUGCUGCAGAGCGCUACGGUGUUUCAAAAACUGACAUCUUCCAGACUGUGGAUCUUUGGGAAGCAAAGGACCUUGCUUCAGUGCAAAGAACACUGAUGGCCGUUGGUAGCGUCGCAGUUACCAAGGAAGAUGGCUUGUUCCAGGGCAAUCCCGACUGGUUCUUCAAGAAAGCUCAGGAGAACCGCAGAGACUUCUCUGAGGACCAGAUGAAGGAGGGAAAGAGCAUUAUCGGCCUGCAGAUGGGCUCCAACAAGGGAGCCUCACAGUCUGGAGGGACUGGAUAUGGACGACCCAGGCAAAUCAUGAGCUAAACGGGCCAGCUGUGACCAACCCUGACCAGCAUAACGCCAUUCUGUCCCAGCCCCUCCGCCCCACCCUCCGCCUCUCAGUAGCUGGGACAAGCACUGCAUCCCAUUAAUCUUUCCAGAGUACAUCUAGAUAUGCAGAUAGGACCAGUGCAAGUUUUCCUUAUGAUACAUCACUUAAGGAAUUACAGUAGUCUUGAGUGUGGCCAUGUGCCCAUCAUACCAAGUUCUACACACACACACAGUAAUAGCAUACCAAAUUUGGAAUAAUAGAUACAUCUAACCAGCUCAUACAUUGGCUGUUUCUCACUUAUUUACACCGCAAGCUCAGGCAAUGGAUUAUCAGUGGAUUAUUCUUCACAGUGCUUGCUCUAUGUUUUAAUAUUUAAAUUGCAUCAUAUAUGUAAUGUCAUUUUAAUGAAGUUUGAUAAGUUCCCACAUUUGGGCCCAAUGACAAAAGGUCGUCACAAGAUUUAAAGUGAUACGCAUGCUUUAAAAAAAGCCUAGAUUUCAGUAUGCUGAAUACAUUUCUUCACAAGUCAAAUGAGUUACUGAGGUCUUAAUCAUUAAAGUGGACUAAUGGAUCUCAAUGCUUUAAUGUGGUUGCCUUAUUUGGCUACCUUGUCAUCAACCCUGAAACAGCCUUGUGUUUUUCUACCUUGUCUAAUCUAAUUAAAUGGUAAACUUUAAAA